GGUUUCGCUGACGCUAAGUCCGACCAGACAUUAGAGCCAUUAGAACAGACGCCAGUUACAAAAUAGCCUUUGGUUUGAGCGUAUGCAAAUCUCAGCUCGAUCAUAAAAUCAUUUUAAGAAAACCCAAACUGGGAUUCAUUAAUGAACAGUCGUCGUAAAACCAGGCCUACGUACGCCUGAGAAUUCAUUCAUUUAAUUAGACAGGUAUUCACAAUGUAUACAACAGUCGCAAUGGUCGCCGACAAUCGAUGAGGUGCUGGAAGGGUAUUGCAAAAUCAGAUUUCCAUUUUCAAUGUAAUUAAAUCCGACCAGCAAUGGCUAUCGCUCCCUCCGCCGGACAGCCGCACGGAUAGCAAGAGAGUUUCGCCAGAAAACAUGUAAAGCAAAAGAAAAGCAUAACACCUGCAAAAGGUAGCAAGUGAAUCUGCGAUUCGGCGGAAGUACGCAAAAUUCGAAUUCGCAGCAAGGGAAGGAAUUAGAAAAUGAAUUACUAUGACGAAGAGAUCACAAUCAGUGGGUCGGCGGAUGGCAAGCAUCUGAGCAGGGUGCCAAUGGAGCGCCAGUCGAGCCGGGCGAGCGGAGGAGCAGCAAGUCGAGCGGGCGGCAGGCAGCGGAAUAUGCAAAUGCAGGGCAGCUCCGCGGACGACGAUGGCCUGCUGCAAGACAUCAUUGACCACGACGACGAGGGCGAUGACAGCGAUAACGACGACGACGACGAUGACGAUAGCGAGCUGCAGUUGGGCGGCAUGGCGGCGUCCGGUUCACGGCCACUGACACGGCCGGGCAGCACACGGAAUGUGCAUGCCGUGCAGCCAAUGGCCAUGGGUGAUGACCAGCUGAGCUUUGGUAGCUCGGAUGAGGCAGCCGGAGAGCUGGCAACAGGCGUAAAAUUGCUGAAGCAACAACAAAAGCUGCCACAGCCGCAGACACAGCAGCGGUCCAGCGCUGGGCUGGAGCGGGAGAAGGGGACCACGUUUGAGUUGACGCCGGAUAAGUGGGAGCAGCUGCCGCUGCAACCGGAACUGAAGGAGCUCUUUCCCUACAUACUCAAGUAUACGCCGCAAACGAUCGAGACGCCCUACCACCUGCAGCCCUUUGUGCCGGAGUUUGUGCCCGCCGUGGGCGAUGUGGACGCCAUGCUGAAGGUGCAGGCGCCGGCUCUGCUGCAGCCCCAGGCGCCGCGUCAGCGCGAACUGGAUGAGCAGCUGCAGCGCCUGGGCCUCGUGCUGCUGGACGAGCCAUCCGGCGCACAGAGUGAGCCCAGCCUCCUGAACAUGAAGCUGCGCUCGGUGCUGAGCGGCAGUCGAGCCGGCAAUUCCCGCCAUGCCGCUCGCUCGGCGACGCAGGUGCCCACCGCAAAGACGGCCAAGGACAUUGAGAAGUGGAUUGCCGAGGUGGAGCAGGUCCACAUGACGCAAUCCAUGUACGAUGCACAGCCCCGAAAGGACAUCGACGCCCUGCUGGAGAACUGGCCCCGCUCCUUCGGCACCGCAGCCAGCAAGGAGGCUGUCGACGAGGCCUAUCGCGCCUGUCUGCAGCAACAAAUCUCGCUGGUCGAUUACGUACGGGCGCUGAGCGAACACUUCGGUGUGGAGGGGCCACUGGAAACCCAAUCGGAUUACAUACACAAUAUACAGACGCUGUUUGCCCUCUACCUGGCCGCCAGUCAGGCCUGGGAGUAGACGCGGCAGUUUAUGGAGUUCUUGCACUAAUAACGCUAAUGGCUUCGAUUAAGUGACAGCUAGACGCCGUUUGUUUGCCUUUGUGCGGGAUGUGACCGCUGUUUGGCCAUUAAAUCGACUGGAAA